AUGCAGGAUCUUUCCAACGCAGCCGCCCUCUCAUCUACGUUCGAUAGCGCCGCCCUCUCAUCUGCACACAACACAGCCGGUGUUCACUCCUUCAGAAUGGCAGAAUCGCAAGAAGAACGUGCUGCAAGUGAGGGUCCUCCUUUAUGCACAUCACCUAGCCGAAAUUUAUUAAUGGAGGUUGAUAUAGUUGAACCGUUAGUUUGUGUUGCCUCUGAAGUUUCUGAAAAUUUAUCAAACGAACAAGAAAACUUAGCCGCCAAUGUCGCAGAGCAUGGUCACAAGUUAAACAAGUUGUCGGAUGUUAUGGAUGUUGGAAGUGAAGAGAUGGAGCCUGGUGAUGAGUUACCAGAUCAUGGUAACCUACAAGAAGAUGAGAUACCAAGAGUUGGAAUGCGAUUUCCUCAGCUGCAGAUGGCGCAUGACUUUUAUGUGUCCUAUGCAAAGAAAGCUGGAUUUGCAACUAAGAUAAGGACGACAACAUUUGACAAGAUCACAAAGGCUCCCAUUAACCAGGCUAUACACUGUAAUCGCGAUGGGAUCCGCGAGUCUCGUGUUAAAGCACCAACACGGAAGAAUACGAUUUCAGCUGCUGGGUGCAAGGCAAGGAUAUAUGUAAAGUUUGAUAAAGACGUGCAAGACUGGGUUCUGCUCAAGGCUGACUUGACGCACUCUCACCCUUGUUCACCGAAAAAGGCAGUGCACUAUCAUGAGUAUAGGCAGUUGACCAUGCAUGCGAAGUGCGUGAUCGAGGAUAAUGAUGAGGCUGGGAUUCGACCAAACAAGACAUUCCUUGCUUUGUCAAAUGAGGCUGGUGGCCCCUCUAACUUGGGAUUCUCAGAGAAGGAUUUAAGAAAUUAUAUAACAGCAAGGCUCCGAAGUAGCAACGUUAAUGCGGAUGUCAGGGAGAUGAUGAGCUACUUUAGGAGAAUGAAGGACAUCAAUCCGAACUUCUUUUACGCGGUGAAGUUGGACGAUGAGUGUAAAUUUAAGAGUGCAGUAUGGGUUGAUGCAAGGUGUAAGGCGUCGUAUGAAUACUAUGGAGACGUCGUGUCAGUUGAUAGCACGUACAAUAGAAAUAGGCAUGGAUUACCGUUUGUGUCGUUCGUUGGGGUCAACCACCAUGGUAAGUCAACCAUCCUCGGUUGUGCUUUGCUGGGGAAUGAGGAAAUCCAAGUUAUGAGUGGGUUUUCAGCCAAUGGGUUUAGUAAUAUGUUUGAUCUGUAUGAUGACCGACGCAUGUGGGUCCCAAUAUACUUCAAGGGUGAAUUUUGGACAGGAAUGCGGAGUACGCAAAGGAGUGAGAGCAUGCACGCAUUCUACGGUGGAUACUUACACAGUAAAACUAGCUUGGUCCAAUUUGUUCAUGAAUAUGACAAUGUGCUUGGAGUCAAGGAGCAGAGGGAACUGGAGGAUGAUGCUGCAGACUCGAGGGGGGUUAUCCCUUGUGCAACUACCUCGCCUAUAGAGAAACAGUUUCAGCAAGAGUAUACCACGAGCAUUUUUAGGGAUGUUCAAAUUGAGUUUGUGAGGAAGGCUAACUGCAGAGUUUCUGCAGUUGAUGAACAGGGUCCAGUGGUCUGCGUGAAGGUGGAAGAGGAGAAACUACUCAACGAUACUAUUCUAUGCGUUCCGUAUGAUGUUCACUUUGACCGUUCCACACAUGAGCUUCGUUGUGAAUGCAAUCUUUUUGAGAGUUCAGGUGUGUUAUGCUGUCACUGCCUUGAAGUUUUCCAUUCGUAUAAAGUGUACAAAGUACCGUCUUGUUAUAUUCUGCCUCGAUGGAGCAAGAAGAUAAAGCGCAAGCAUACGUAUGUCAAAAGUAGCCAUGAUGUCAGUCGGUCAGAUGAGAGUCAUGUUGCAUUUAGGAAACUGUGUGCACACUUCUAUAAUGUUGCUCAAGAGUUCCUCGGUGAUGAUGAAGAAACAGCAUUGCUGCAUGUUGCUUUGGGAGAAACAAGGGCUAAGUUGGCUACGCACCGUGCCAAAAAGAGGUCCGAGAGCAUGGCAGAGACUCAGACCAACAUUGGCUCUCAGAGUUCGAAUGAUGUCGGUGUUGAUGACAUCCAAGGCCCAUCGAAGGUCACCACAAAGGGUAGGCCAAAAAGUAAGAGGCUUGGCUCUGCCCUUGAGAAGUCCAUCAAGAAUUCAAGACGGAGAAAACAAAAGAAUUCACAUCCGGUGGUUCGUCCGCACACAUUUCAAGAUAUAAACCAUUGUGAUGUUUCUAGCCUGGAUGUUCCCAAACAAGACGGUGGUUUCAUGUCUUUGUUAAGCUCCUUCAACCAAAAAUGGGAUUAG